GAAUCCAGUCCGUUAAAAUGUCAUUGCUCCCUCCCGAGGUCCACUCGGCUCUCUCGCAGCUGUUGCGCGCCCUCUCUACCCCCGACAAUGCGGUCCGUUCCCAGGCGGAAGAACAGUUGAACAAUGAUUGGAUUCAGAACCGCCCUGAUGUUCUGCUGAUGGGCUUAGCGGAGCAGAUUCAGGGUGCGGAGGAUGUCUUGACCCGCUCCUUCUCCGCUGUUCUGUUCAGAAGAAUGGCGACUAAGACCCGCAAAGACCCCAUUUCCAACGAGGCCAAGGAGCUCUUCUCGACCCUGACCGGAGAACAAAGAUUAAUCAUCAGGCAAAAGCUGGUGACUUGCCUGACGAGCGAGUCCGUCACCGACGUUCGCAAGAAGAUCGGAGAUGCCGUGGCUGAGAUCGCCAGACAGUACACCGAUAACGGCGACCAAUGGCCCGAGUUGCUGGGAGUCCUUUUCCAGGCUAGUCAGUCCCCCGAGGCUGGUUUGCGUGAGGCCGCUUUCCGCAUCUUCUCGACCACUCCCGGAAUCAUCGAAAAGUCUCACGAGGACGCCGUGGUUGGUGUCUUCAGCAAGGGCUUCAAGGAUGACGUUGUUUCGGUGCGCAUUGCAGCCAUGGAGGCCUUCGCUUCGUUCUUCCGCUCGAUCUCCAAGAAGUCGCAACCUAGGUUCUUCCCGCUCAUGCCCGACUUGCUCAACAUCUUGCCCCCGCUCAAGGAGUCGUCUGAGAGCGACGAGCUCUCUUCUGCCUUCUUGGCACUCAUCGAGUUGGCUGAGAUCUGCCCCAAGAUGUUCAAGACCAUGUUCAACAACUUGGUCACUUUCAGUAUCAGUGUGAUUGCCGAUAAGGAUCUCAGUGAUCAAGUCCGUCAAAAUGCCUUGGAACUGAUGGCCACUUUUGCCGACUAUGCUCCCUCGAUGUGCAAGAAAAACCCCGAGUUCGCACAGCAGAUGGUUACUCAAUGUCUGAGCUUGAUGACCGACAUCGGUAUUGAUGACGAUGAUGCUGAAGAAUGGAACGCUUCUGAGGAUCUUGAUCUGGAAGAGAGCGACCUCAACCACGUUGCCGGUGAACAGUGCAUGGACCGGUUGGCCAACAAGCUCGGAGGCCAGGUUAUCUUGCCCGCUACAUUUGCGUGGAUUCCUCGUAUGAUGUCUUCUUCUGCUUGGCGCGAUCGCCAUGCGGCGCUCAUGGCUAUUUCGGCCAUCUCGGAAGGUUGCCGCGACUUGAUGGUUGGUGAACUUGACCAGGUUCUUCAGUUGGUUGUCCCCGCUCUUCAAGACCCCCACCCGCGCGUGCGGUAUGCCGGCUGCAAUGCCUUAGGUCAAAUGAGCACAGACUUUGCUGGCACCAUGCAAGAGAAGUACCAUUCUGUGGUGCUUACCAACAUCAUUCCCGUACUCGACAGCACUGAGCCCCGCGUUCAGGCUCACGCCGCUGCAGCCCUGGUGAACUUCUGCGAAGAGGCGGAGCGGAAGAUCCUUGAGCCCUACUUGGCUGAACUUCUGCGUCACCUCCUCCAGCUGCUGCGCAGCCCUAAGCGCUACGUGCAGGAGCAGGCUCUAUCUACCAUCGCUACCAUCGCCGACUCCGCCGAAAACGCUUUCGAUCAAUACUACGAUACCCUGAUGCCAUUGUUGUUCAACGUUCUGAAGGAAGAGCAAUCCAAGGAGUAUCGCUUGCUCCGUGCCAAGGCCAUGGAGUGUGCCACCCUCAUUGCUCUGGCUGUUGGCAAGGAAAAGAUGGGUCAAGAUGCUCUGAACCUGGUACAGCUGCUGGGCAACAUCCAGGCCAACAUCGUUGAUGCAGAUGACCCGCAAUCGCAGUACUUGCUCCACUGCUGGGGCCGCAUGUGCCGGGUGUUGGGGCAGGACUUCGUUCCCUAUCUUCCGGGCGUGAUGCCGCCUUUGUUGAGUGUUGCGGCCGCUAAGGCUGACAUCCAGUUGCUCGAUGACGAGGAUCAGAUUGACCAAGUCGAUCAGGAUGAGGGCUGGGAGCUGGUGCCUCUCAAGGGCAAGAUCAUCGGUAUCAAGACCAGCGCGCUGGAGGACAAGAACACUGCUAUUGAGCUGAUCACCAUCUACGCUCAGAUCUUGGAGGGUGCCUUCGAGCCCUACGUGUUGGACACGAUGGAGAAGAUCGCCGUGCCAGGACUUGCAUUCUUCUUCCACGAUCCUGUGCGGGUGUCGUCGGCUAAGCUCAUUCCUCAGCUUCUCAACUCCUACAAGAAGGCCCACGGCGAACAGUCUACUGGGUUCGCUGGCAUCUGGAACAAGGUUGCUGAGAAGAUCAUCGAGGUUUUGAGCGCUGAGCCUACCGUGGACACGCUCGCUGAGAUGUACCAGUGCUUCUACGAGUCGGUGGAAGUUGUGGGCCAGAACUGCCUCACCCAGCAGCACAUGCAGGCAUUCAUCGAGUCGUCCAAGUCGACGCUAGAGGAUUAUCAGGUCCGUGUCAAGGCCCGCUUGGAAGAUCGCGCCGAGGCCGAUGACGGUGAGGACGAUAACCUGGACUAUGAGUACGCCAUCGAGGACGACCAGAACCUGCUUAGUGACAUGAACAAAGCCUUCCACACCAUUUUCAAGAACCAGGGCACGACAUUCCUGCCUGCUUGGGAACAGCUUAUGCCUUUCUACGAUGCAUUUAUCACCAGCCAAGACCUGACCCAGCGUCAAUGGGCUCUGUGUAUUAUGGACGAUGUCCUGGAGUUCUGCGGCCAGGAGUCUUGGAAGUACAAAGAUCACAUCAUGCAGCCGCUGGCGGCCGGUCUGCAGGAUGCCAACGCGGCCAACCGACAGGCUGCUGCCUACGGUGUGGGUGUUGCGGCGCAGAAGGGUGGCGCCGCCUGGAGCGACUUUGUGGCAGCCAGCAUCCCUAGCCUGCUGCAGGUGACGCAAAUCAACCAGGCGCGCACGGAAGAGCACGUGUUUGCCACGGAGAAUGCGUCGGCAAGUAUCGCCAAGAUUCUGCACUACAACUCGAGCAAGGUGCAAAACGCCCAGGAGGUUGUGGCUACGUGGUUGACCACUUUGCCGAUUACCUUCGAUGAGGAGGCCGCUCCCUAUGCUUAUUCCUUCCUUGCCCAGCUCAUUGACCAACAAAACCCGGCUGUGCUGUCGAACGCCGACAAGGUGUUCGGGUACAUUGUGCAGGCGUUGGAGGCGGAGACUCUACAGGGCCAGACAGCUGGUCGGGUGGCCAACUCGGCGAAGCAGUUGGUGGCCACGACGGGCUUGAACGCGGAUCAGAUCCUGGCCGGUGUGAACCCGGAUAACCAGGCGGCGAUUCGCAGCUAUUUCAACUGAUUUUUUCUUCGAUAUCAUUAUGAGUUGAUGUUAGGGCUAUGGAAAUACCGGGUUCUUUUUUGUUACUUUGUACAGCGAUACAGGUGCUUGAUGCUUUACGUAGGUAGGAAGGAGCUACGUACUAGUUAUAAUUGAGCUAGAGAUCUAUUAUGUCG